AUGAUGGCCUGCCCAAGGACCUGCUCCCGCAUCCUGGGGCUGAGCCUCGGGACUACAGCCCUACUUGCUGCUGGGGCCAACACGGUGCUCUUCUUUCCUAACUGGGAUGUGACCUACCUGUUGAGGGGCCUCAUUGGCAAGCAUGCCAUGCUGGGCUCUGGGCUCUGGGGAGGAGGCCUCAUGGUACUCAUUGCAGCUAUCCUCAUUUCCCUGAUGGGCUGGAGAUGUGGUUGCUUCAGCAAGAGCAGGCCCUGCCGGAGUAUGCUCACUGCUCUGUUGUCAAGUGGCCUGGCUUUGCUUGGAGCCUUGAUUUGCUUUAUCACUUCCGGAAUGGCUCUGAAAGAUGGUCCAUUUUGCAUGUUUGAUGUCUCAUCCUUUAAUCAGACACAAGCUUGGAAAUACGGUUACCCAUUCAAAGAUCAACAUAACAGGAAUUAUUUAUAUGACUAUUCACUCUGGAACUCUGUCUGCCUGGAGCCUUUUAAAGCUGUCAUUUGGCACGUCUCCUUCUUCUCCGCCCUUUUGUGCAUCAGCCUCCUCCAGAUUCUCCUGGUGGUCAUUCAUUUCUUCAACACCUUCCUGGGCCUUUUCUGCAGCCUCUGUGAGAAGUCAUAG